AGCCUCUGCUUGCUGCAACUAGAGAAAGCCCGUGCUCAACGAAGACCCAACACAGCCAAAAAAAAAAAGCAAACCAAAAAACAGCACCAACACCAAAAAAUCUCUUUCUUGAUCCCACACCCCUUUCCAAGUAACACCUUUUUUUCCUUUCCCCUUUACGGCCAUCCUUAAAAGAGUUGUCUGCACAAGCACUGUCUUCCAUUUUCCCCCUUGACUCCAGUGGCUCUGGCUCCAUUACCUCGUUGAAGCUGCUUGUUCUAAGCACCCGGGGUCACAGCAAUGUCCCGGUUUCCCUCAUUCCUUUCUGGCUGCUCCUUCUCAGUCCUUUGCCACCUGGUUACUCACAGGUGGGUCCUAGGUCCUCUUCUCCACACUCUCCCUGAAGACCUUAUCCACUCCUGUGACUUCAGGGACCCCUGUGCCCAUGAUGCCCAGACCUCCUGGGGAAGCCCAAACCCCAGUCCUGUAUGUGCCACUCGCCUCUCCACCUGCUGUCCCACCCAUCCCAGCAUGCCCCCACUGAACUCCUGAGCCCACCAUACCUGCUUCUCUUCUGUCAGGGUCUGAGUCUCAGGAAAUGGCACUUGGCCCGUGAGGUCCUAAGUCAAGCGCCUUCUCUCUCUACCAAAGCAAUCAACAAACUCCACUCCCAUCCCCACCCCAUGCAGUCCUAGCUUGUAUCUCCAGAACAAAGGAGAAGCUCGAUAAAUAUUUGAUCAGAUGACUGAUAGCAGCAAGAAGACUCUACAGAACACUUAAACAAACUCUCUAUUUCCUAUAGUCCUGUGAGGUAAGAAUAAGUAUCUGCAGAUGAGGAAAUUGAUGCCCAGAGAGAGGGAUGGUUUAGCUUGGGUGUGAGAUCACAGAACCAGUGAAUAUGCAGGGGUGUUGGGAUUGUCAUCCCUGUCUGACUCUCCAUCCUGGGCUCUCUGCCGGCAGCCACUGCAGCCAGGAGAGCUCCCAUGACCAGCCACAAAUGGAAGAAGAGGACCAGUGGGACAAGGGGCCAAGGCCAGGGUGCUGUUCAGAGACCCUAAUGGCAGGUUCAGUCAGGCUGUAUCUGCGGGCAUCCAGCAUGGCAGACAUCUGCUGACACCCACCUCCAAGCAGGGAUCCUUGAAACACUUGCAGUGAGGUUCUCGGGGGGCUCUCUGAUGCUCAGGGAGCUGGGAACCCCAGGUCUGAGGCACCAACUCUCAGUAUAUCCCCACAUAGCUCCUCCCUUCCUGGAACUCUGUUGACUUCCCUACAAAGGAAAUAAGAGGAAGAGUCAUGAGAUGUUGGAGGAGGGGCCCUAAUUCCUGGGCAGGGGCAGGAGUGGGUGGUGGUCUCAGCAAACAAACCCCCAACAUGCCCCCUUUUGGCCGUAUCCCCCUGCCAGGCUGUGUAUGGUGAGGAGGCCCGCCAUCUGCUAGACCCUGGGAAAGAGACCCCACUGGAAAGGGGUGCUUGGGACAGUCUGAGUCUUCCUGAGCAGAACCCCACCCUCUUCACCAGUGAGUGAGAUCCCAACUUGAUGCUGUAACUGGAGGGCUGGGGUGGGUGGGCAGAGAAGGUAAAGCCAAUGCUUCCAGGCCCUAAGUGGCAGGAUCUCAGGCUGGGGGGAGCAGACAGUGAUGCCCGUCAUUAAAAUCUGGGCAGAGAAGCGUGAGGGCAUGACCCACAGGGUCAAAUGCUGUGUGUGACAUGGUGGUAUAGUCGGCUCUCUGUAUCCAUGGGUUCUGCUCGUGUGGAGUCAAUCAACCACAGAUGGCAAUCUUAAUACACGAUCAGCAGUCGGUUGAAUCCAAGGAUGUGGAACCUGCAGAUAUAGAGGGCCGACUAUAGCCCUUGACCAUCUGAGGAUUUUGAUAUCUGCGGUGGGGCCUGGAACAAAUACCCCGCGGAUACCGAGGGAAUGACUGUUUAUCCAUUGCGUACUUUGGUCUAUGAGACAAACUGAUGAGGGGCAACUCAGAGCUACAGAGAGGGGUACUAAGGCUGGGAGGGGUCUCACAUGCAGAGAACACACCAAGGCAUUGGGUGGGGGCAGCUGGGUGUGAGGGCCAAGCCACACCUGCUGCAUAGUGCCGCACGCCCCCUCCUCUGGACUAGCUGCCAGGCUAGGGGCUACGGAAAGUGAAUGGUGCAGGCUCCUGCCUGGGCUUUCCACUCUCCAAUGGCUGGGGAACUUUUUGCAGGUCCCCUCUUGAUGCUGGGUGGAGGCGCAGGGCUGGUGGAGACCGGAGAAGUGAGGCUGGGGCCUGAGGUCUUCCCAAACUGGAAGAGCAGUAGAGAUGGUAUUGCCUCUUCCACCACUGAACCAGAGGGGUGCAGCCCCCUCAGCAAAGGGCUGGGCAGGCAAAUCAGUGGUCCCUGAAGCUGGGAUCAACAGAGGAGGGUCGACACUGGGGCUCAAUUCUCAGAGCCCAGAGAUACGACAAGAUUCUCUUACAAGGGGCCCUGGGGGUUGGGGGGAGGGUGGUAGGAAUCUCAAGGGUGGAAGGGGUCAGGAUCAGUCUGGGCUGGUGGACGCCUGUUGGGAGUCUGUGUGUAAGGAGCCCGUGGUUGUCAGAGAUUGGGGGAUAUUGAGCGAACUGAGCUCACAGGCCCCCAUCCUAGUAGGGCAGGAUCGGGAUUUCCCAGGGCCUGGACUGGCUCCUGGCAUCGUAGGGCCGGGACAGAGUGAGACAGGGCGUUUUGGGGCUGCAGAGAGCAGCAGGAAGGGGUGCGAGCUUGGGCGGAGUCGGCCCGUUCCCACAUGGUCAAUGCACAAGCCAGCUGUUGGGGUCCCUGGGAGCGGGCUGAAGAUUGAAUGCCAGGAGUUGGGUUGGUUUGGGGACAAAGGUGGAGACAGGGACAUGGGCAAGGAAAGGGAUGAGGAAAGGUGUGGGAGAAUACGGGCUUUGGGGCCAGAGCUGGGGAAGCAACUCUGGGCAUGGAAUCUAGGUUUAGGUUGUGGAGGCCGGGUGGAGGGCUCUGGGGACAAGACCUGGGUCUUGGAGGGGCCGUGGAGGCGGAGUGCAAAGGACCAGGGUCGGUCUUGGGGUCUGCGAGAGUGAAUCUGAGAGGAUCGGACUCUGGGGUCCAGGGCUUGGAGAAUGAACGUCCGCAGGGCGGGGACGAAGAGGGACCCGACCGACUAUCCCAGGGGACAGGUCCUAGCGCUGGGAUUCUCGAGGGCAGGGUGGGAAGUCCGUGACUUGUGAAGGGCGGGGCCCGGGUGACCAAGAACACGGUGCGGACCGUGAGAAAGGGGGUCUCCAGAGCGGCUGUAGACCUCUGUGCGGGGCGUGGUGACGGAGGGGAACAAGGACCGAGGCGGUGGAGCUAGGAAGACUUGGGCUGGGGAGCUGGGUCGGGGGCUGGAGGAUUGUGGGGAGCCGAGCCUAUGAGACUGGGGACGGCGGGGUCGGGUCGGGAAGAUGGGUGUCUUGGGUUGGGGGUCGUUGGACAGGCCUGUAAAACUGGAGAUCAUGGUGGGGGCGGGGCCGAAAAGACGGGACAGUGGGACGUGCCGCGAGGAGGGGGUCAGGAAGGAGGACUGGGGGCUCGCGGGGCAGAGUAGGGGAGGGUUCGUGGGGCUGUAGGAUGUGGGGAUAGUGCGGGGACCAGAGAGACCGUGGGGGCGGGGGCAGGGCCGGGGGCGGGGCCGGGACGCCGACGUGGGCGGUGGAGGCCGGGGCGGGCCCAGGUGAGCAGGGCCACCGCCCCCUUCGUCCCGUCUGCCCCGGCUCCCCACCCCGGCCUCCAGUCACCCCUUGGCUCCUCCCCGGCGCUGGCUCCGCGGGCCGGGCGGACCGCGGCUGGCGGCGUCUUCGGCCCAGGCCAGGUCCGGCUCGGCUCCAUCUUGGGCCGCUGCGCCGGGCACCUGUGGCGGCCACAGGAGCAGCGCUUCCGCCGGCCUGCGCGGCCUUGGGCGGGCGAGAGGGCAGCCAUGAGAUCCAGCCGCCCUGAGCAGGGUGCCCAGGAACCCCUCAGUCCCUGCCCUCAGCCCCUGUCCUGGAGCUCCUCCAGCCCGCUGGGCGCAGGCCGGGGGCAGAGGCCGGAGCUCCACAAGAGCGCCAGCAGCACCGUAUGGCAGGCCCAGCCGGGCGAGGCCAGCACGGGUGCCCAGGUCCGGGAGGAGGAAGGGCACCAGGCUGAGAGUGAGGAACAGGCACGUGCCUCCAGCCCCCGGCCACAGCCCGGGGCCGUGGGUCACUGGCAGAGCAGCGCUGUGGGCGGUGGUGACCUGUGCUGCCUGCGGGACCCCAGCACCGCCGCUGUGCAGAGAAGCCACUCGGACCUGGUCUGCAGCACCCAGAUCUGGGGCCACAGCGGUGCCCGGAAGGCCAGCCUCAGCUGCUCGGCCCUGGGCAGCUCGCCUGUCCACGGAGCUCAGCUGCAGCCCAGCAGCGCUUCUGGCCGGGGUGGCCAAGCCCCUGCAGGCCUGGAAAGGGACGUGGCUCUGGAGGAUGAGACUUCAAACUCAGCCUGGACACUGGAGGAGAGUCAGGUGUGGGUGCCGCCACCUGACCUGGGGGGCACAGUGACCCACAGCAGCAGCCUCAAAGCCACCGGGCAGUCGGCCACCACCUCCUGCCAUGCUCUGCCCCCAGCAGCGCUACUCUGUGGUGUGAGGGAGGUGGGGGCCAGCAGCUGCUGCCACGGCUUGCCUGCCCCAGGGAUCCUGGCCUUUCCUAAACUAGUGGCAUCAGUGAGUGAAUCUGGGCUGCAGGCGCAGCACGGGGUGAAAUUCCAGUGUAGGUUGUCUGCGGGGCUUCCUGGGCAUUCCCACUGCUGUGCGUACCCUUGGGGUCCCACCGGGUUAGCUAUGGAGGCUGGCGCCAGGACCAAGGAUAUGUGGACCAUGACCUCAGCAAGUGACUUGGCCCCCAUCUUGGCAUCACCUCUGUCAGCCCAGGAUGCUGGUGUGCAAGCGGCCCCCAAGGCAGUCUGCAAAGCUGUGGCCACCAGCCCGCCUCUGGAGGCCCCUGUGGCCCUGCACACAUUCUCGGAGGCAACUCUGGGGUCCAGCCUGGAGGAGGUGCCACCCCCUGUGCGGGACGUGCGAUGGGAUGCUGAGGGCAUGACAUGGGAGGUGUACGGAGCUGCAGUGGACCCUGAGGUACUCGGCCUAGCCAUCCAGAAGCACCUGGAGAUGCAGUUUGAGCAGCUGCAGCGGGCCCCUGCCAGCGAGAACAGCCUGUCUGCGGAGAGCCGGAGGGGGCCACUUCGAGCUGUUAUGCAGUCCCUGCAGUGCCCCAGCUGCUGCGGCUGCUCCAGUGCAGUCCCUGAGUAAGGAGCUGCAGUCCCAGGAGCUGCCCUGGGCCCAUGGACUCAGCCCCAGGGACAGUAGGGGCCCUGUGCCCUUUGGACCCACGGGCACCCAUGGACGUGUCUCUGUUCUUGGCUGUCUGCAGACCGCAGGACUGCAGCCUGGGGGCUUCCUGCCCCCUGCAGCUGGGCUAGUUUUUAAGGGCUUGAUUUCCAAGAGCCACAUCUGCACAUCCGGCUCUGAACUCUGGUACAGUUUCAACACUGUGCAUAACGGGGAUCCUGACUUUUCUGUCAAAACCCUCGACCUUCUGUUCAGUCUCUCCUCAGAACUCUGCCAUGAUUUCCCCAGGCCUCUCGAUGGCUUUAUUUUCACGGCAGUGCUGAGAUACAACGAAUUCCUGCCAUGAGACGUGGGGCCCCGAGUGGCAAGGACUGUCUGAGUCUUUAGGGGAGGGAACUGACAUUGUGGAGGCCUCCCAUGUGCCACAGCCUGUACCCAUCCCCUUACUUUGUGGAGUCUUUACCUCUUCACUCUGUUUUAUAGACGCAACCACAGACACUGGCAUGGCUGUAACUGCCGUGCCCUGGGUUGGACAGCUCGAGGUGGUGGGAUGAGAGCAGAGCUGAGGCUGGCUGAAGCCUGCAGUGUUUUCCUGCAGCACGUGGCUGGCAGCGCAGGGCAGUUGUGAACAAGAAGAAUUUAUUGAGCCCAUGUUCCAUGCCAGGUUCUGUGAAUUCCUUGGGAAAGAAGCUGCCCGUGCCCUUGCUGAGCUCACAGUGUGUAGGAUGGGGGGCUCUGAGCAUUACAGAGGACUGCAGGGUACUUCUAAGAGCCAGCCUCCCAGUAGAUCAUGUGUCAGGCACUGGCCUCAGGAGGGAGAGAGCGGGUGGCCACCUGUCCCAAAAUAUGUUGCAGUGCCUGAAAUUGUACCAUUUUUACCUUGCUCCUUUGGCUUAAGGACUUAUUCUCAGCUGGUGCAGUUCUUCAAAGGAGGGGGGCAGGAAUGGGUGGGAAAAGGGAAGGAGCCUGGGGUGGGAUCUCCCACCUAGUGGGAAAUGGCGGGAGCUGGGAGGCCAUGGGGGUCAGGGGACCAUGGGGGUGGGGAGCUCAGGACACUGGCGCUUACUUAGCACAGGCUGACUUCAUUGACAAAGGAGCUCUCAAGACCUGCGGAGGAUAAGGGUGAGUUUGUGUCCUUGUCCUGGGGCUUAGUGUUGGGGAUUCCAAGCUCCUGGGACAGAAUCCACCAGCACCGCCUUGUGAGGGAGCCAAAGAUUAGUGCCCUGCCUAGAGUCACCUGGCGUGGGAAGGUGGAGUCAGGGCCCACAUGCAGCCCUGCCCAUGGCCCGGUGCUGUUCCUGGGCCCCCUUCUCCUGGUGUGCAGGAGGGGACUUGACCUUACCCCCCUUUUAAAAUGUGAUCAAGCAGGUUCUCAUGCAGUCAUAAGGCUCUUGGCACUGUGCAGCCCGGGGGCCUGGGCCUGUCCAUCCCGACGCCUGUGGUUCAGGGCAAGCAUGUCACGCUCUGGGGAGUAACAUGUGGGUACCAGGGUGCCCUCAUCUCUGGCCCUGCAUGGGGGUGCCAGGAGCCCCAGCUGUGAGGACACGGGGGGAGGAGUGAUGAACUGGGUUAGGAAGGCAUCUUCACACAGGGCCAGAGCUGAGCAGGGUCUUGACGAUAUAGCGGGGCUGGACUGGUGGGUGAGCAGGGAAGGAUAUACCAGGCAGAGAGAACGGCCUGGCCAGAGGCUUGGAGGUGGCUGUUUUGCCCAGGCUGCGGUGAAUCACUGCGGUGCAGGCUGUGUUGGGGUGUUUGUUGUGUUGGGAGGCUGGCAAGGGGGUCCUAGUUGUGAGGCUCCUGGUGUGAACUGAGGAAAGGGACUUUACAGGAGCUGUGGAAGCAGGGGUGGACACAGACUUCAUUACAGCAAUGUCCCUUUGGCUGCCAUGACAGGAGAUUCGUGUGGAAGAGGUGGGAGGGAGGAAUGGGAACCAAGGAGCGGCCUGUUAGGGGGAGAUGGAGAGGGCAGCUAGGGCUGGGCGUGCGCGCACGCGCGCACACACACACACACACACACACACACACACACACACACACAGCGUGUGAUGGAUUUGGGAAGGAGGAGGAAUUCCAGGAAGCUGAGGCUACCAGUCUGAGUAAAAGGAGGUGAGGCUACCACCUGGGACAAGGAGAGGCAGGUGGAGGUUGGGGAGGGACAGGUGAAAGGCUGCAGCUACAGGGCUGGGCUGGGACCAGUGACAGCCUUCACGAAGAGACUUUCUCCUCUGUCCUAUGCAAACCGUCAUGAGUUCAUUCUCCGUUUGCCACCUCUAGGCUGAACCCGGUAUGUCAAGAUGGCAGGCUGGGCUGUGCCCUGAAUGGGGAGGGCUAGCCAGCCACCCACCUCAUCGCGACCGAGAUGAAGGUUUGCAGGGUGGCACUGGAAUCCAGCCUGGCCUGUGUCCGAGCUGGGGGCUGCGCAUGGCUGGGGCCCCCAGAACACCCUCCUAGGUAAGCUUGCCGCCCCAGACCAGCGGAAAUGGCGUCCUCGGCCUCACUAGCCCCGGCUGCACAGCCUCUGCGGACAAGUCUACUUGGAGCAGCUGCAGCUCAAUUUUCGAAUUCAACCUGGAGACCCAACCCUCCCACCCCCUUCCUGCUGUGGGCUUUCCCUGGCUGGGCCUGACUGGCAGUGGUUUAGGGUCCCAGGACACGGCCACCAGCUUCGUUUACAAAUCUCGUCCUCUCAGACUCCAGAUUUCUGACCAGACUUUCUGGGACCCCUUCAGACCUGGCUCUGGAAGGUGGUGGAUUUCAUUACGUGUAUGUCUGUUUUGUUUUGAAUUUGAAAUAAAGUAACGGAGAUCACAGCUUUGUCAGGGAA